CCAAGGCCCCUGGCGCCGGCCUGAGGACGCCGAGGAGGCAGGGGCCCGACAGGGCUGUCCGGCCGGAACCGCGGAGCACCUCCUGCAGCGGUCGCGGGCUCGCCCCCCGCGGCCGGUGCCAUGGCCGACUCUCUCCCCUAAAGGAGACUUCCUCAGCGGUUGCUGCCGAGAGAUGAAGAACCUGUUAGAGCGUCAGACGACUUCGGGGCCGGCCAACUAGGGGGGCUCGGCAGGAGGUCGCCUGCGCCCUCCCGGGCUCGUUCCUUUCACCCCUUGAGCGAGGCCUCGCUCGCGUCCGGGCACGCGGCGGGCUUCAGAGAGCACCUGGGCCCGGCUGGGCGCGCGGGCAGCAUGUUUCCCCGGAGGCCGCCGGUCGGCCUGGCUGCCUGGCUGCUGGCGGGCGCGGCGGCGACCGGGCGCGCGGGGGCGCGGGGCGGGGGCCUGCUCGCCCUGCUGGCCAAUCAGUGCCGCUUCGUGACGGGCCUGCGCGUGCGGCGGGCGCAGCAGAUCGCGCAGCUCUACGGCCGCCUCUACUCGGAGAGCUCGCGCCGCAUCCUCCUUGGUCGCCUCUGGCGCCGGCUUCGCGGACGCCCAGGCCAUGCCUCUGCCUUGAUGGCGGCGCUCGCCGGCGUGUUCGCGUGGGACGAGGAGAGGAUCCAGGAGGAGGAGUUGCAGAGAUCCAUUAAUGAGAUGAAACGGUUGGAGGAAAUGUCAAGUACGUUUCAGAGCUCUGGAGUUGACCACCACCCUCCAGAACCAAAAUCCCAAACAGAAAGGGAUGAAGAUUCAGGAGGCAAAGAGCAACCGUGGGAAAUGGUGAUGGAUAAGAAACACUUCAAGCUGUGGCGGCGCCCCAUUACAGGCACCCCCCUUUACCAGUACAGAGUUUUUGGAACCUACACAGAUGUGACACCUCGGCAGUUCUUCAAUGUUCAGCUGGAUACAGAGUAUAGAAAGAAGUGGGACGCCCUGGUGAUCAAGCUGGAAGUGAUCGAGAGGGAUGUGGUUAGUGGUUCUGAGGUUCUUCACUGGGUAACCCAUUUUCCGUAUCCAAUGUACUCACGGGAUUAUGUUUAUGUUCGGCGGUAUAGUGUGGAUGAGGAAAACAACGUGAUGGUGUUGGUGUCACGGGCCGUGGAGCACCCUAGUGUGCCAGAGUCUCCGGAAUUUGUAAGGGUCAGAUCAUAUGAAUCCCAAAUGGUUAUCCGUCCCCACAAGUCAUUUGAUGAGAAUGGCUUUGACUACUUGCUGACGUACAGUGACAAUCCCCAGACAGUGUUUCCUCGCUACUGCGUUAGUUGGAUGGUUUCCAGUGGCAUGCCAGAUUUCCUGGAGAAGCUGCACAUGGCCACUCUGAAAGCCAAGAACAUGGAGAUCAAAGUAAAGGACUAUAUCUCGUCUAAGCCUCUGGAAGUGGGUAGUGAAGCCAAGGCCACCGCCCCAUCUUCUGAGCGGAAGAGUGAGGGUAGCUGUGGCCCUGCCCGGAUUGAGUACGCCUGAAGGACUUUCAGAUAAGUAGGGACAGGCUGCUUCUAGCCCUGUCUCCGUGUCUUAUCACUCGCUCUGUUGCAGAACAAACAGGACGUGUAUUUGAAGGUGUCUGCUGUAACCACCAGUGCAAGAUAAUUCAGUCCUGGUGUCCGGUCUUGUUCAGAACCCUACUGCUGUUUAUUAAAACAGAAGAAGGACGCAUCCGAGGGGGCAUCGUCAUAUCCUCAGGCCAAGCAUUUGGAAAUUUGGCGUUUCGCUGAGCUAAUCUGGAACAAGCCUGUCACCUCAGGCCAGAGGGGACAACAUCUUUUACUUCCUCUGCCCACAUUCCAUUCUCAGCCUCGGUUCCGCAGCACUCUGGGUCCCUCGGCUCUGGAGGUCCCGCUGGGCCCCCUGGACAGUUGGUCUUCGGUGAGGGAUAGUGGGGAGUGCUCUUGGCUGCGGUCCCGGUGUUGAGUGGUGUGAACUGUUGCCGGGCAGCGUAAGUGCCUCGUCCUCACCUUCUCCUGUCUUUAGGGACAUAAAGUUUGGACCGAGAAAUAUCACUCUUGGCCUCCCAUUCACACCCCAUUGACUCCCUCUACCCAGAGCAGUUUCCUUUGAGUUGACCAGUUCUUCUGUAUUCGUGUGCUGUAUUCGUCUGGGUCGUUGCCUCCUCCCGCAGGCCGAUUACCAAGAACACUGGGAGACGGUGGCUCUCUGUAUCAUCGGUGUUUUUGAUGGGGUCAGUGGAGAUGCUCGACACGUUACACUUUAGCUCUGUUUUUUUUUUUUUUUUAACCUUUGUGUUAAACAGUGGGAAUUGGGGAGUUGAAUAGGAUUUUUCCAUAGUCUGUAUAGAAAACACCAUUUUGAUUGAGGCGUUAUUUUUCACACUUCAGGUUUGACUGGAUGCUAAGCACUUGCCCGUCCUGGAAGGCUUAAAGGCAGAGGAGUGGGGAUUGGGCGCCUCCCUUAGAGCUCUCAGAGCUGUAGACAAGCUGUGUGAACAGCUAGAAGGAAGCUUGUCCCAAGUGCUAAUAUAGAGGGGGAUGUGGUUUAUGUGACCCUCUUGUCCCUCUGAGAAGCUUUUCCUCCUCUUCUAAGCUAAAAUAAGAGCAAACUACGCUGUUCAGAUAAAGUCACAACCAGAUGGGAUCAGUCUGACUGGAGAAUCGGGAACAGCUUUCAAAUCCUCCUCCCUCCCCUUAUUUCUUAGAAUUUGAAUGACCAGGUUGCUCCCCACCCCACUCGCUACCCUUUUGCGUUGUUGAAAGGGGAGCUAAACCUGAGACGAACUUUAAGCCCCUCGACCUUUCUGUUGCCUAAGUACGGUGCCAAGGAAAAUGCCUGCCCCGGUGUUUCAAGUCUUGCGUUCUCUGCGUCGUUGGCAGAGCAGGGAGAUGCAUCCGGCAGUCCCAGCUUCUUUUCGUUGAUUGUGUCUCUCUCCUCAUCCCCAGGGCCUGACAGACCAGGAAGAGUCCCUCGGUUAUGUUGGAAGUUAGCGCCUGUGAUUGUUGGGACGUGGGUGGCGUGGGCGAGUGGUGUGAGUGCACAUGUGAUAAGGGGCUGGGCGUUGCCCAUACGCUUUUUGGCAAUUUGACUCUGCACUUGGGGUUGGUCUAUACAAUUGCUUAUGUCAUUGUAAUGAUUUCACUCCUGUGACAUUUUUAUCAAAUGUGUGAAUAAAUACAUAAAGAUUGGUAUGAAA